AUUGUUUCGCAUUUAUGCUGAUCAUGUAUAACAAAGUGGCAGUAAGGCUGGUAUCCACCACACAACAAUCAACCACUGGCCUGUGGUGAUAUGGAAGAACUCACUCUCUACUCUAGCAUCUAAAUCGUACAACGAAAAUUAAACUUCAGGUUCGCGGCUCGCGGGCGAUCAUCCAAGAACACGUGCGUAAAUGAACGGACACACAAACCGGCCAAAAUCAUCGCACCGUAGAACCACUGUUUCCGAAUUCGACGUAAAAGAGAGGGAAGAAGAGGAGAAGUGAUAGAAAACGGGAGUCGUUGGAAGCCACUGAAAGAAGACGGUCAUUGAAAAAGGGCGGGAAGAAGGAUUGCGGUGACGGGUAGUAAUGUGUCGGCGGUACGUCUUCGUUCCUUUGAAGCCAGAUAGCAGAUUCGAAGGAGGUUUUCAGGACGACACAGCACCAUUACGGGGACCUGGUUGGAACCGUACGUCACAUCUCGGACAAAGAAAAGUCUCCGUUGCUUCGAAGCCAGAACCAGCUCCGUGGACAGCACAGUUCGAAGGAGGUUAUCAGGACUAUCCGUCCCCACCACGUGGAUCCAACACUUGGACACCGAAAAUGCGCUGCUGGUCGAUCACCCUCUUCACUUACCGAAACAGUAUACUACCCGCAUCCACAACCAGUCGCAACCGCGUAGGAUGUUCCAUUAAAUCUCCCGCAACCAAUCAACCAGCCAGCGAACCAACGCGUAAAACACAAUGAACCAUCCCCCUAAAUCAACGACGGCAACAUCACCGCUAGCGAUCGGAAUCGACUUCGGCACCAGCUUCUCCAGCGUUGGCAUCUAUCGGGGCGGUAAGUUUGAAAUCGUCGCCAGCGGGUCCGGCUGCCAUCGGAUUCCAUCGUGUGUGGCCUUCACCGAUAAGGCCCGGUUGGUGGGUGAAGAUGCGCUGGCGCAGUACGACCGGGACCCGUCAAAUGCCGUUGUCGAGGUUAAGCGAAUGCUGGGUCGGCGGCUGAAAAACGACAAACUGCAGGUACAGUUUAAGGGGGAAAGGAAGGCGUACUAUCCGGAGGAAAUAUGUGCUGUUCUGCUGGGGAGUCUGAAGGCGAUGGCAGAGCGGACGCUGGGUCAGAAGGUCGGUUCGGCGGUGAUUACUGUUCCGGCCGGGUUUACCGACGGUCAGCGGCAGGCGAUGUUGGAUGCUGCUGCGAUCGCGGGACUAAAUGUGCUAAGGUUGGUGAAUGAACCGACGGCGGCAGCUAUCUCCGUGGGGAUCAACAAGAAAGUGAUCGGGGAACAGUUUGUGCUGGUUUGCUCCAUGGGCGGGGGAUACCUGGAUGUAUCGAUUCUGACGGUCUACAACGGAGUGUUUGAGGUAAGGGCGACCUCAGGCGAUCUGUUGGGUGGAACGGAAUUCGAUGAUCGUUUGGUGGCACAUUUCGCGAAGCAAUUCCAGGAGCAACAGUCGAAGGAUAUAUAUGCUAGUAAGGAAGCUCUUCGGAAAUUGCGAAAAGGCUGUGAACAAGCGAAGCGAACCCUAUCCUACACCAAUCGGGCAACGGUUGAGAUCGAAGAUCUGUUCGAGGGCCAGGCUUUCACCAUUAGCUUAAGCCGAGAGCAGUUUGAGGAGCUUACGCGAGACCUGUUUGAUAGGAUCAUGCUGCAUGUGGAGGCCGCCUUGCGACGAGCACGGAAGGAUCGGUUUGCCAUUCACGAAAUUAUGCUGGUUGGAGAAUCAUCUCGAAUACCUAAAGUACAAGUGAUGCUAAGUGAAUUUUUUGACCGUCGAUCGCUGAGUAGUUCGAUUAAUUCGGACGAGGCUGUGGUGGUGGGGAGUGCGAUUACGGCGGCCAUUUUGAGUGGAGAGAGGUCAGUGGAAAUUCAGGAUAUUCUCUGGCUGGAUCUGGUUCCGCGAUCGAUUGCGUUAAUCGCAGAGUACGCAUUCGAUGAAUCACCAAGGAUACUGUUCAGUAGAAACACGAUGGUUCCUCUGAAAGUGAAGCAUAGAGUGAAAUCUUUUCGUGAAACGCAGUUGCUUUAUGAAGGAGAGAGUGCCAUUGUUAGUGAUAAUAUUUUACUGGGGAGGUUGCAGAUCGAGGGAACUUUCGGAGAUAUUGAAGAUGUGGGUUUGGCGUUAAGCAUCGAUACAAACGGGAUUCUGCAUGCCGUUGUGGAGGGAAAUAUUGAGUUGAAAGCCACUUUAGAGAAGGGAAGACUCGAGAGGUUCGAGAUUGAUAGGAUCGUUUAUGAACAUAAGAAAGUGAUAUUGGAUGCUGAAAAGCACGAGGAAGAUGCCAAGGAGCAAGAAAUAGCCAAACAGAAAAUUACUUUCCAGCAGACUGUGGAAUCAGAUGAAAGGGCAGGAUCGUGGGAUCGCUUCAGUGAAUGGCUGCACUGUAUUUGUAUAGUAACGUUUGAUCUAGAGCUUGGUCAAGCUAUGGAAUUGAUCUACCCAAAACACGUAACGCUUAGUGAACAGGAAAAAAUGAAUAUAUGCUAUUUGGCCUUUCCGGAUUCUAACUCCGGUUGCAUGGGGGACUCCCAGUUUCACAUCAGGCUACGGGUAUCACCUGGAUCCGAUUCGGUGCUAACCAGUGAACAUUUAGAGUUUAACUAUCACUGUUUGCCGGUGCAUCGAGCAGACCCAGGACAUUUCUGGGGAUUUGUGUACUUCCGCCAGAUCAAAGAUGCUAGAUUGAAACGAGGUUACUUUCAAAAAAGUUUGGUUCUUCUAACUCGACUUCCAUUUGUUAACCUGUUCUAUGAGAUCAGUGCCCUGAUAGCACCUUCCUUUUUCUCCAGUGGAGAACCCACAUUGGAAGCUGUUUGCGAUAAUAUAUGUCAUUGGCCAUCCCUAAUGGCUGGAGAAAACUUGGCUCUUCACAUUCUUGGAAGCGUUUAUGAAAUAUCUAUUCCAAAACAAAACAUAAAAUCACAAACUGCGGAAAAGAUCAAAUCCGAAAGCGCUAUUUCAGUCAGCCCACAAACGCAAAUCAUUGGUUCUAUCCACGAAAUUGACAUUUUUAAGAGUCUCCAGUUCUUCCUCCCUCAUAUUCACUUGCUUUGGGAACUGGUCCUAACCGGAGAACCCAUCGUAGUAACCGGAACAUCGCCCACCGACUGCGCCCAUAUGGUCCAAUCUCUCAUGAGCUUAAUCAAUCCUCUCUCGUACUGUGCCGAAAGUCGUCCCUAUUUCACCAUUCACGACACCGAGUUUAAAGAGUUCACCCAGAACAAAAAUGGCUAUCCGUCAAUUAUUCUCGGCGUUACGAAUCCAUUCUUCGCCAAAACCCUUCAGCAUUGGCCGCACACCAUUCGGCUGCAGGACAGUGUUGAAAGUCAGUUGCAGCAACAGAAACAGAAACAAUCAAUUAUCUCAGCUGGUAGCACCGAAGCCAGCCCUAACUCAUCAUCCACCUCGGAAUCAGCAGCCGCCCUGUCGAAAUUGUCAAAAAUCAAACAAAUCACCAACAAACUCCUGGAUCCGUCCCCGGGAGUCUACACCCAGUACAAACCGUUCAUUGGCAAAGAUAAAUCCUUCAUCAAAAAGAUCCUCCUGGGGAUAAAAACCGAACGCCCGACAUCGGUACAGUCCGCCCUGCUUCGGCGACAUCUGUUGGAGUUAACCCAAAGCUUCAUGAUACCCCUGGAACGCUACAUGGCCUCCCUCAUGCCACUACAGAAAGACAUCUCACCCUUCAAAUCCGCUCCACUGCCGAACCCCUUCAAGCAGGAAGACUUCCUAGCCACCCUGGAAGAAUGUGGUCCCCAGCUGACGUUCACCUGUAAGGGCGACUGGGAGGGUCUCUACAAACGCUUUUUCACUUCGCCCAACUUUAAGGGCUGGUAUGAAACACGCUACUUUGAGCUACAGCAAACCCUACAGGCACUGCACAUGCAAACUCUAUCCGAGUCCAAUCUCACCGAGUGGGUCAAGGAUAAGCACGAGGUGGAGAUCGUGGAUAUGAUUCUGCGAUUGCGGCAGAAGUUGACGCUCUGCAAUAGCACCCAGAUGGCGGCCCUGCCGGUGCCACUCAACACUAAGGAUACUCGCGAACUGCUGCUGAGACAUCUGGACAGCAUGAAACGAUGUCUGCCGGAUGAUUUGAAGCAGAUUUUAAACAAUAUCGGAUGAAGAUAACUUUUUUUUAAAGAAAACCCAGCUUAGCAAAAAAUAUACAUUUAUAUAGGCUAAUUGUGGAAAGUUUUAGUUCGAAAUAA